AUGGGCUUCUGCAGGCGAUGUGGGGACAUCGUAAGCGGCCCGCGAUGCAAGUGCGGUGGCCUCCCGGUUGCUGCGGUACUGCAAUGGAAUCAGGGUGACACGAAGAAACCAUCGACGGACAGGUGGUCGCAAACAUACGUCUCUCGCGGCAACUCGACCAAAAUCAAGCCUGUGAAGGAUCAAGUCAAGGAAGACAUACCAUCUAGCCGUGCUGGCAUCCUGCCUCAAACUACUGGCAGCUCUCAGCAGGGACGCCGCUUCCCUCGCCCUCUGUCAACCAGUGUCUCCGAUCACAUCACUAACACAACCUCUCCCACGAAAAUACGACCUUCCUCUCCACUCAAGUCAUCGUACUCUUACGACGCAUUUGACGAAGAAGCCGCAGCAGCAAACGCUAUCGUGCAGGCUCCGCCUGGCGAAGGCUCGCGACUGGCGAAAGUUCAUGGGAGUGUUCUGCAGUCCAAAGAAUCGCUCGACUCUUUCCAAUGCCAUGCCUGUUUCGUGCCCUUCCCCCCGGAUGCAACCCUCUAUCCGGACCCCCUGAAUGCUCUGGGAUCACGCUUUUACUGUCGUUCAUGCUUCAUUCAGAAUGGGGGAUCGAAGGGGGAUUGCCAGGACUGUCACCGUCCCGUCCUGAUCCUGAAGAGCGAUGGGGGUUUCGUAGAGAAUAAUAGCAGGGUUUGGCACAAACGGUGCUUCUCCUGUUCCGGCUGCGGCAAGAGCAUCGGUGAUCAGCCAAUGGUAGACCUCUUGGGCAAGCCAACCUGCCCUGCGUGCUUCGAGACCUGCCUUAUCCGAGGCGAGGACAGUCCGAAGACCCCGCGGCGCUAUUCGGUGUCUUCCCCGGCUCGUAGCGAUGGCGGUACUCUAGGCGGUGUGCGUGGCGGGGAUCAUCACCAGAGCGGUCGCACGACUCGUGAGGGCAGUCCUGCUCUGGAAGAGCUCGAGCAGCGCCUCGGCAUCCGUAGUAGGGAGACCACGCCUGCGCGCGAGGCGCCACCCGCCAAGUUUGUAGUCUCGCCGCAGCCGCGCAUCCCUUUCACGUCGCCGAAGAUCGCCGGUUCACCACAACCAACGCCAGAGCCCUCGGCUCGUGCGACCCGUGCUUCGGACGUCUUUACGGGAUCGCCUCGGGUGGCAGACGUCUUCAGUAGCAGUCCCGCGAGGCAUAGUAUAGGUGGGGACAUAAGCCCUGUCACAAAGAGCCGGGACAGUAGUCCUGCGCAUCGUACACGUACACCUCGGACGAGCUUUUCCAGUCCCAGUCCUGGACCUAGCCCCAAACCCACACAAGCUGCGAUCGAGGAGAUGAAGCAGCGCUUUCUACGUCAAUCGCCGGGCCCGUCUCCUGCUCCUGAAUCGCCCUCGACGACGUUUGAACGCACCACCCCGACUGCACGCCGCUCAGAUAUGACUUCAGAGAGCGUAUCUACUCGUCGCCUAUCGCGUCGUUCCUUCGAUCACCCCUCGUCUCCCACAAGGGCAGGGCGGUCGUCGGACGCGAUGCUUUGGAAAAAGGCAUCAUCAACGUCCAUGCGCUCCGACAUUGAGUCGACACUCUCUAUGUCUGCCAUUCCUACAGGCCCACCAUCCGUGCCCUCUACUCCAGACCUGAUGUCAGAUUCCUCCGAGUCUAUGACCGAGUCUUCUGGGCUUGCUUCUCCCGCUCGCUUCUUUAAUCCUUCCCCCGACCCAUCUACUCCCGCCGCCUACCGUGACCCUAAAGCUACUAUACACGCCCUCUCCCGCGAAUCGACCGCACCGCAGAAGACGAUUACUACUCCUGGACCCGCUCAAGAUUCGGUAUGCGGUCAAUGCGCUUUGCCGCUCUUCAACGUCGAUAGCGGCGGGCGGUACAUUACAGUCCCAGAUCCUGUCAGUGGAGGACCAUCACGCAUGUACCACGCCGACUGUUUCCGCUGCCGCAUUUGUGACGGCGUCUUCGACGAGAAAGAGGGCGGACAGGCCGUGUUCGUACGCGGUCUCUCUGGCGCGUGCCAUCUGGAUUGCGCACCCUCGGAGAAGAUCACUGUACGCACGGUCAGCAAUUCAACCUACACACCUACAAUCAAGACCCCUCUCUCUACUCCGACUCCCUCUAGAACCACCCCAUUGACGAUGUCGUCGUCUACGGCGAACUCGUACUCAUCCAGCCGAUACAGUGCACCCCUCCGUUCAGCUCCAGCCUCGAAGACAUCGUUCCAUUCACGUUUCGGCUCUGCUUCCUUCUGCCCUGGUUGCCAGAUGAAUGUAUCCCCCAUGGAGCCUGGCGUCGUUCCUGGUCCUCAGGGUACGCGCUGGCACAAGGCGUGUUUGAUCUGUGGUGGUCGCGAAGCCCGCGGUCGGAACGGACGUCGUAAGGAUGGUAAACCGGGCUGUGGCAAGCAACUUGAUAGCUCGGCGAAGAGUGAUGCCGAGGAGAGGAUAUGGUGCCGCGAAUGUCUGCUACUCAUCCCGGCUGCUAUGCGUGCCCCUCAAACCGUGAAGAGCCAAUCAACCGGCAAUGGCAGUGUCUUCCCCAAGAUCGCUCCUCAGACAACUGGGACGACCAUUGCACGUCAGUUCACAGGCAUGUCGUCAGGGGGGUCUCCACCGACAGCACACCGGGGGCAGCACCACGCCUGGAUACACCCGUCCAAGGCCCAAGUCAGUUAUCGGGAUGCGCGACGAGGGGCGUGGCAUGUUCCUGGUACGCCAAAUGACUGGCGGGGCGACAUGAUACGUGCCCUUUGA